GGGGGGGGGGCGGGGAAAUAGCGCGUUGUGUUCACAGUCAAAACAGCAUACUCAAUUUUCCUACCACAGCCGUUAUAUUUUAUAUUUAUGUGUUGGGCAUUUGCGCGAUAACUUGACUAAUGGAAGCGAUAUUUCACGCUCCAAAACGGAGGCCAAAGGUUUAUGAAUCUUUUGAAGCACCACUUCCUGUUCCGUUCAGCAAAGACUCUCCAUCAGAACAACAGAUACAAACAUACAGAGCUGAAAUCAUACAGCAGCAUGUUAUAGUGAGAGAAAGCGAACAUAUUCAAGCUCUUUAUGGAAAGGGUUAUUUUGGUAAAGGGGUUCUGUCCAAAAGUAGACCACAGCACAGUAUUUCUGAACGGUGGGAAUAUGUAGGUGACACGUGUUUACCAGUCAUCCCCUUGCCAAAAUACGAGCAGCAUGUAAGAUGGGCCCGCUCUGCUCUCCUGGCUCAGGGUUUGGAUGAAGAAGCUGCCAAUCAGGUGCUGAAGGAGCUGACUCAUCCUGUCGAGCUGGAUCUGGAAAAAGAACCCAGUGAAGAACAAGUCGACGUUCAGGAACAUCAGGAGUCGGGAGCGUGUCAGGCGCCAUCUUCAGAACAGGACCAGCCGAUGGAGGAUGUAGCAGCCGCAAAAUGCGAGGAGGGAGAGGGCUCGGGAUUCUCCAAGGCUAAGAGACCUCGCAGACAAGGGGACCUGUGCUAUGACCCUCUAGCUGAAAUAUAUCCUGAAGAACCCGAACAAGUCGAUCCAAACGCACUCGCCAAGGUCAAAUGCAAACGACAUGAUGACUGGAUCGUUCAUUGUGGAUGUCGAGUAGAUGCAAGUGAAAUGAUGAGCGGUGGGUCAGUGUCGGACACGCGGGGCUGUAAUCUAUCAGUAGCUCGUAGUUAUGUUUUGGUGGAGGAGUCUGAAGAAGAUGAAGAUGGAGAUCCUUAUGACGAGGACAUCAAACGAAGCAGAAGAGGCAAGUUGGUGUGCAGAAUCAACCCAUUUAACAUGAUGGAGUACCUCCAGCUCAGUUAUGAAGAGGCUUUCUUCCUGGUUUAUGCGCUUGGAUGCUUGUCAGUUUUCCGCGAUGGGGAAGCCUUGUCGAUCCUUCAAGUUUGGAGAAUGUUUCGUUCAGCGCAGCCCAACUUCGAGAUCGCGUACGCAGCCUAUCACUACUUCCGCAGUAAAGGAUGGGUGCCCAAGUCAGGCAUUAAAUACGGCACUGAUUUAAUGCUGUAUCGCAAAGGACCGCCAUUUUACCAUGCAAGCUACUCCGUGGUGGUGGAGAGAGUAGAUGAGUCCCUCCAAGGUGCUCCUCUGAGGCCACUUACCUGGAGAUCUUUAGCUGCUCUUAGCCGAACCACUGCUAACGUCUCUAAAGAGCUGAUGUUUUCCUACGUCGUCGUGCCAUCAGAUAUGACCGAGGAGGACUUCUCCUCACCAGAGUGCCUGAAAAAGUUCAAAGUUCAGGAGAUUAUUGUGAGCAGAUGGGUAUCAUCAAAAGAGCGAACAGAACAGGAGGAUAUCUAGAAAUGGUUCAGCUCUUGAGUACCAUUAAGUUGUAAUAAAAAAUUCUUUGCACUUUCUGUAA